AUGGGAUUUUCGGUGAACUAUUUUAAUGUUUCUCUGAGCUUCGACGUCGUGUGUCUGGUGUUCCUGUUAUUGCCGAAUGGCAAUUAUUUGACACCGUUGAAUUUCCUCAGCAAUAUCGCGUGUACCGGUUUGCUGAGCUUAUUAUUCUGCAAUAUAUUCACGUCGGACACGAACAUCGGCUGCCAGACGCUCAUCUGUGGAAAUUGGACCGACGUUUUCCAAUAUUUCGGAAUACUUUUGUUCACUUUCAUACCUAUAGUCCAGGUGUUUAAAAUCGAAGACGGGUCGAUUAGAAAGAAUGAUUUCGCCUGGCCCAAACUGUUGAACACGUCGAUGGUCAUAAUUACAAAUAUGUACAUUGCAAUCGGCCUGUGUGGGUAUCUGGACCAACAAGAUGUCCCAAUAUUUGGAAUUCUAAUAUUGAAGUUCAUGCCAGCUAUCAGGUGCCGGACUAUCGUCAAAACAUGCGUCGCCGUAAAUGUUACGUUUCUUCACCGUGAACUGAAUGUCGAGUCCACAUUAUUGUGGGUGUCGUCCAUCAAGGUGGAUAAUAAAAGCGAUAAUAAAAUUGGGCGACCGCCGUCUACCGGCAAAUACUCGCCGGCUAUAUUUGCGGGAUUGACGGCAUUUACGAAGAUAUUAUUCACGUUUUGUUCGUUUUUUGUCACCAUUGCAGUAGCAUCACCGGCCACCAGCGGAUUCCAAGUGAUGGUGGCCCUCAUAGGAUACCUUGGUAACGCUUGCAAUAUGAUGGUAUACCCAUACAUUGUUGAGAUGUGCGUGACGUAUGCCCUCCAUGGAAUAUCCACCAGACGAUACGUGAUUUUUAAGGACGUGUGCUUGGUGCUCCUGGGCUUGUUGGUGUUCGCGUGCGGUACGUCCGCGCUCGUGAUGCGCAUAAUUCACGGCGGUGACUGAGAACGGAUAUAAAUACUGAUGAUCGACAUGAUAGCUUUACCAAAAAACGAACAGAACGUGAAUACCGGACAAGCCCAGAAGGACCAAACACUCAUCCUCGAGGAUCACGUAUGGUCAGAUUGACAUACCGUGCAGGGCAUUCAUCACGACAAUGUACGGGUAUAUCAUAGUAUUGAACGCGUUACCCAUCACUUGGAAGUCGUGGGUGAAAAUGGGUCAACGAAAAACAUGUCCUUGGCGAUCACGUGCGGUCUGGUCGACAUACUGCUGUGCUGCCUUGUGCAGCCC